AAUACACAAAGUCCCUCUUCUUCGCCACCACCGCAUUUUGGCGCUGCCAUCUCUCAGUUUUCUCCCCAAGCUAUUCUGUCAGGAGCAGUCCCAAGUUUCUUCUUCUCAGUACGAACAAAUCUUUGGUUUUGCAAGAAACACAACAAGUAUGGCUUUGACAAACUUCAUACUGACUGUUGCUGGUGUAAGUGCGGUGGUUCUUCUGCUGAGGAGUGAUGUGAAGCAAUCAGCUACCAUCUUCAGGCGCAAUGUCAAACAUAUCCGUAAGUGGCUUGAAGAAGAAUCUGCUAAUGCCCCCAAAAUCACCAAGGAACUGGAAUCAAAAGUUUCACCAAAGGAGAUCCCCAAGGAGGACAAGCACUAGUGUCGAUAUGGGCAUCCUGGGUUGUUCACAACCCUGGGCUAUUCGUUCCUUUUCUUUAGGAAUGAGUCUUUGAUCAAUGCCUGGAUUUUCUGUUGAUAUCUUGUUUUUGGUCUUUAUAUUUACGGAUAUGUAACUAGUAAUUACUGAAAAAGCUCUGUGUUUUUGUCACUAGUCAUACGCAUAGUUGUUAUGACUUUAUGUUGAGAAGAGAUUCUGGUAUACAAUAGAAGCCUUACCAUGUUUUUUCCAUAAAAAGCCAUCCAUCAUGUCCAGUGAAUAAGAUAGAACCUUUAGCUUUUUCCUAAA